GUGUUCAUCCAGUUCCACACUUUGUUGCCUUCGUGGUAGUCUCGGUGUGAGAAUUGAACCUGUGCUCUUGGCAUCCCUGCAUUGCAGGCCAGUAAACCAAGCUAACUUAAACCCCUCUCUGUCUCCUCCGUGUCUUCAGUUGACUCUGAUAGAAGGGCAGCCUAAUGUCUUAACAGAUAGUAAUCUCGUACACCCAUUGCACCUGCUAUUAACUUAGUGUAAGCAAGUUGUAUUUUUUUUAACAUGCUGAUCUUUGUUAUGAACUCACUCUGUGACCGCUUCCCUCCCUAAUGCCAAAAUCUCUUCCAGCCCCACAGCCCUCCAGGAUAUCUGCACUCCUCUCUCUGGUUUUGGCUUCUUGAUCGUCCCUGAUUUUAAUUGUUCCACCAUUCUUCAGCUGCCAGAUCCUAAGUUCUGGAAUUUCCUCCUUUUAAGAUGUUUCAGAAAACUUAUCUCUUUCUCAAAGCUUUAGGUCAUUUGCCCUAAAAUCAGUUGUGUAUCAAUGUUUUGGCUUAUGAAGAGCCUUGUUGUGCUUUGUUACAAGAAAGGCACCAUGUAAACACAACAGUGUGGCACUGAAGGCACACAGCAGGCCAGGCAGCAUCAGAGGAUUUCAAAUGAUUUCUGAAGAAGGGUCCUGACCCGAAAGGUCACCUACCUUCUCCAAAGCCGCCUAGCCUGCUGUGUUCCUCCAGCUCCGUGCUGUGUUAUUGCUUGACUCCAGCAUGUAUAUAUUUAAUAUACAAGUGUUUGUAAAGUGACAAAUAAGGGCUUUGAUUUUACAAUUCAUGGAAAAGCCAGCACCCCUGAUAGUGAGAUAACAAAGUGUAGAGCUGGAUGAACGCAGCAGGCCAAGCAGCAUCAGAGGAGCAGGAAAGUUGACGUUUCGGGCCUAGAUCCAGCAUCUGCAGUUCCUACUACCCCGAUAGUGCAGCAGUUUCUCCACAUUGCACUGAUGCUUCAGCUUUUGAUGAUGUGCUCAAGUUCUAAUGUAUCCUUGACUUCCUACUUCAGGAAAUGUUCCUUUUUGCUGAACCAAGCUGACAGUUGGGUCUUUUUUUGUGUUUAGUUUCCAGAGAGAAGGUCUGAAGUGGCCAAAGGAUCUGCCACCACUGUUAAGGAAAUGAAAGAAAAUUGCAUGCAAAUCUUGAACUUAAGCAAGAAGUGUUUGGGCAAUGAUUUGAGGUUGAAGGAGAUACAGAAAUAGAGGAUGAAACAAGUAGUAUUGUUGGUCGGCUGUGUCUGUGGUAAUGAUUUUGUUUGAUAAUACUCCUAUGAAGUAUCACUGAAUCACCUCGAAGGAACUGCAGAAAUGUUUGCCGAAGACACAAAGCUCAUGUGCUAUGAGGAAGAUGCGUAAUGAGUUGAAGAGAAUUUGGAGAAACAGUUAACUGGAGAAGAAGAUACCAGAUGGAAUAUAACGUAAAAAUCAUGAGCCAUCCAUUUGGGCUGCAGCCUUCUCUCGAGGGAGAAAUCUUGUGGAAAACACCAGCCAUCUGACCAACAUGUCAGAACAUGCAUCUCUCGAUGCUGAGCGAUGGUAAAAGAUGGCUGAAUCACUGCGUGGGGAAGCAGGCAGCAUCAGCCAUGCAGAUGUGUGCUUGGCGGAUAACCGAUUGAAUUUAGAUGUAUUUCCAAACAGCAGCAGCCGAUUUUCUGUACUUUAUGAAACACGCAAAGCAGAGGUGCAACAGGUUGAGUUUCUACGACUAAACUGCAAUGACGAGCAAAUUGAUUCAUCGCUUGCUAUCAUUCCUGAACUAAGGAAGCUGAAAUCGCUUGUACUUAAAGGUGGCCAUAUCAAAGAUGACUAUGGAGCAUGUCAGCGAGGUCUGGUGGCCACUUUGCCUGUGGAGUUCAGACAUCUCCAGCACUUGACCCAUUUGGAUUUGAGCUUCAACAGCUUUACCUCUGUUCCUGAAUGCGUGACCGAGUUAAAGGAACUAACUGUGCUUCUGCUGUCCCAUAACCAGCUGGCCGCACUGCCCAAGAGCAUUGGCAAGCUGGCAAAACUGACCUUUCUUUCACUGAUGAAAAACAAGUUGAGAGAGUUGCCUGGAAGCAUUGGCAAACUUGUGGCAUUGCAGAAAGCAAAUAUAUCUGAAAAUGAACUGGAACAGCUUCCUGACGAGAUUGGAAACCUCCUCAACUGUGCACAGUUAGACCUUUCAGGCAAUAGAUUAACAACCAUACCGUCUUCACUUGCAAACCUGAAAUCUCUUGGGGAAUUGUACCUACACAGCAACCAACUUGUAACCGUCCCAACCUCCCUCGCUCAUCUUCCCAAAUUGUCCAGACUUGACCUGCAAAACAACAGCUUGCGCUCUGUCCCUGCAGAGAUCCAGAAUUUGCCCUGUGUGAACUUAAAGGGCAAUCCAAUAGGGGAGGCAGAGUCCCCAAAAGAAAAAGGCUGUGCCAAAACCAAAGAUAUCCUAGUCCGAAACCUCUCCUCCGAUACAGACAGCUUUGUUGUGACCGCGGAAGGCUGCAAGAUUGUGUUACCCUGCGGGAUUGAAAUCCACUUCCCACCCGAAUCACUUUCUCUGACAGUGAUCACGUGCAGAGUGACUUCCCCUCACCCACAGCAGGUGAAACUAAGGCAUCAUGACUUCUUGCUGAGCCAGGUCCUGGAACUUUUACCACAUGGGGUACAGUUUGAAAAGGAAGUACUCAUCAGGAUUCCGUAUGUUCCUCCUCGCUCUGACCAUCGAAGGGAAGUUGUGAUCCGAACGUUCAGUGACAGCUGGAGUGACCUGGAUACUAAGGUGUUUGAGUCGCAAUAUGUGGCCUGCUGCAGCGUACUCCAUUUCUCUUGGUUCCUUGUCAUUUCUCGACUGAAGGAGAAUAAAUGUACCGUCCCCCAUGAGGGAACGAGACUGUUCUCCUCGGUGGAUCCGAACAUCAAGGUGAUCUUUCCAGCAGGGUCAGUGGCUGAGUCUCGCAGGGUGAGGAUGCAGGUGUUGCCAGUUGUUGCAGAGGAGUUGUGCGAGCUUCUCCAGGAUCAGGAUUCAGUAGCAAGCCCUCUGCUCUGUUUGUCACAGAAUACGACCGACAACUUCCUGAAACCAGUCAAGAUACAGCUUCCAUUACCAAGUGGGGUCACAGGUUUGAAUUUGGACCGCUCCAAAUUGCACUUACUUCAUGGGGAUCCAGACGUCCAGAACUGGAAUGACAUUACAAAUCAGGUGGUGCUGGAAUUCACUCACUGUUAUGCCCUUUUUGAAGUAGACCAUUUCUCAUGGUACUGGUUGUGGUACACAACUAAGACAUAUGUUGGUGGUAUCGCUAAAAAAGUAUACGAACGCUUGCGGAAGUGGCAGGUCAACUUUGUGGUGCUGCAGAGAAAGAAGGACCCAGAGCAAAUUUUCCUGCAAUGUGUCCCUAAACACAAGGUUGAAACUGUUUGCAAGAAGUUGGAAACCAGGUAUCGUGGCCCUGAACCAUCCGAUACUGUCGAAAUGUUUGAAGGCGAACAGUUUUUUGCUGGAUUUGAAAAAGGGAUUAAAAUUGAUUCAGAUCGACCAGACUGUGUAGAUGGAAGGAUUGGGUUCACCUUUUACUCACAUCUGAAGAACAGUAAGGAGGUUUAUGUCUCCACUGAAGCUGACAGAAAAACAAAAGCUGUGAAAGGACAGGUUUCCUUUUACAGAGGAUCCUUGCCAGAAAAUAUUCCCGAGGAAGCUGCAAAAAAGCGAAAAGGCCCCGAUUCGAUGUGGCUGGCCACUUUGCCAAUCAAAUUGCCUAAGCAGAAAUCAAGACUUCACAAUGAACCCAGAACAGAUCCAUUCUAUCCACCUUUAAACCUAGGUGAUGAAGAAACUGGCUACCUCACAGAAGCUAAUCUUUUGAGUAUUGCAAGAAGAAUUGGGCCGGAAUGGCAGAGUAUUGGUAUCAAUCUCGGUUUGUCCUAUUCACAGCUGGAAAGAAUAGGAUAUAAUCAUAGGGACGACCUGGACAAGCAAAUCUUAGAGAUGCUCUUUACAUGGGCACAAUGCAAUGAGAGUGUACCAGGCUGCAUCAGUCAACUGAUUCAAGCAAUGAAGAAGAGUGAUCGCGAAGAUAUUGCAGAAGAAAUACAUCGUAUUAUUGAACUUGGCAGGAGGAAAUAUCAUGAUUCCAUUCGUCGAGUAGGGCUGAGCCAAGAAAACAGUAAUGAAGAUUCAGCUAUAGCAAUGGUGUAACCUGGAAAAUAUCACCCCAUUGGAAAAUAAUGGAUAUGAAACCUUUCUGUGGUAUUUGAAGAUAGGGAGGUUUUAUCCUGUUUUAGACUUACGUUUUUGCUGGUUGAGCGAUGUCCUGAGGGACGAUGAACUCUUGGCAACAUUGUUCAGGAAAUGAUGCCAUGUAAUUAACUGAGGCAGAGUUCACUCUACACAAAUGUCAAGACCAUUGUGAUUGUUUUACAGAGGAAUACAGAGAAAGCCAACAGGAUUUGAUAGUAAAACCAAUCAUUUUGCGGUGAUGUGCAAUAUACAAUCUUAUUUCAGCCAGUGAUGUGCAAUUUUCUUCCAUGCGUGCUACCCAGAGAUAGCAUACUUUGUGUUUAAUCUACAGUUCCCCAAGUUGACAGAUGGUCAUAUUACAUUGAGGAAUUAUACAGUGUAGAAACAAGACGUUUGAUAAUUAAGUCCAUGUCUUCCACUAAUUGAGAUGCCUAGCUAUUUGCUACCCUUGCAUCUUAGAUCUUGGAAAUAGGGUAAUUUGCCAUUUAGGCCUAUAGGUUCCCAGGAUCACCAAGCCUCACCAGUGGUGGACAUGUGUUGGAAUUCCGAUGCAAUACCCAGCUGGUGUGUGCAACCCAUUUACAACAGCAAUGAAAAGAAAUCAGAUACAGGUGGGGAGCCCUACAAUACCAGUCAGUUUCUGGUUCUUUGCAAAGCAGUAAUGUUUAUCAGCUUCUGUGCUAAAGUUUAUAUUGUUUUGAUGAUCUUGGCCCCUAUUAUUUGGCAGGCUCACGUAAAAUGAACUAAAUAGAAAGCCAAUAGCCUGGUAUUAUGAAGGAGGAUUCCUCAAGGUACCGGUGACAGUUCCUAUUCAGCUCCAAUGUUGUACCAUCUUCACAAACCUAUUUUUUCCCUCUCAUUUUUAUCCUUUUUUUUGCCACAUUGAGUUAAUUUGACAACUGGGGGGCUUCUUUUUUAAACAUUGUCAAACUUAGCUACCCAUGGAGCACUGUUAAAAUUUACUUCAGAUCAAUUGCAGGGUUUUUUGAAAGUAUAAUUAGUAUUGGCAUUCAGAGAGAAGAAAGCCAUUAAACUAGGAACAAAUAUUUGCCAAGACAUUUUUCCAUCCCCACCCUUGUCUGCUUUCCGGAGAGACCACUCUCUCCGUGACUCCCUUGUUCGCUCCACACUGCCCUCCAACCCCACCACACCCGGCACCUUACCCUGCAACCGCAGGAAAUGCUACACUUGCCCCCACACCUCCUCCCUCAUCCCUAUCCCAGGCCCCAAGAUGACUUUCCAUAUUAAGCAGAUGUUCACCUGCACAUCUGCCAAUGUGGUUUACUGCAUCCAUUGUAUCUGGUGUGGCUUCCCCUACAUUGGGGAAACCAAGCGGAGGCUUGGGGACUGCUUUGCAGAACACCUCCGCUCGGUUCGCAAUAAACAACUGCACCUCCCAGUCGCGAACCAUUUCCACUCCCCCUCCCAUUCUUUAGAUGACAUGUCCAUCAUGGGCCUCCUGCAUUGCCACAAUGAUGCCACCCGAAGGUUGCAGGAACAGCAACUCGUAUUCCACUUGGGAACCCUGCAGCCCAAUGGUAUCAAUGUGGACUUCACCAGCUUCAAAAUCUCCCCUUCCCCCACCGCAUCCCAAAACCAGCCCAGUUCGUCCCCUCCCCCCACUGCACCACACAACCAGCCCAGCUCUUCCCCUCCACCCACUGCAUCCCAAAACCAGUCCAGCCUGUCUCUGCCUCCGUAACCUGCUCUUCCUCUCACCCAUCCCUUCCUCCCACCCCAAGCCGCACCUCCAUCUCCUACCUACUAACCUCAUCCCAUCUCCUUGACCUGUCCGUCUUCCCUGGACUGACCUAUCCCCUCCCUACCUCCCCACCUAUACUCUCCUCUCCACCUAUCUUCUUUUCUCUCCAUCUUCGGUCCGCCUCCCCUCUCUCCCUAUUUAUUCCAGAACCCUCACCCCAUCCCCCUCUCUGAUGAAGGGUCUAGGCCCGAAACGUCAGCUUUUGUGCUCCUGAGAUGCCGCUGGGCCUGCUGUGUUCAUCCAGCCUCACAUUUUAAUAACAAAUAUUUGCUUCUUUGUUCGAAGUUACAAGUGCAUGCAACAGCAUGGACUAUUCAUUUCUAAUAUAGGAUAGUCUGCAAUACUUUGUCAUUCUGAAGUGUAUGCAGCAUGGAAGCACACACCAUAGAGUGUACAGUACAUGUCAAUUCAAACACAAGUCAUACGAUUCCAUGAGGCUAAAGCUGUUAAGCUCACAAUGAUAUGCAGAUGUUUGAAAUGUUCUCUUCAUUUAACUCUUGAGUGAGUGUGUGUGUGUGUCAAUGUUCUGUGUUUAUGUACAGCAGUUUGUUUUGGACUGACCUUUAAUGUUUUUAACAAAGAUUGCACAGAGGUUAGGGGUGUAAUUUGUAAAUGUCUUCUUGUUCCAAACAUAGCCUCUUCAUGCUAAUGCGUUGGGAAAAUAUUAGACCAAGAGGGUUGUACAGUGUGUCGUGAACAGUGUUAAUCUGGAAUUCAUCUAUUCAAAAAUGAAUGUAGGAAUAUAAAUGUGGAUUGCCUCCUUCAAAACAAACUUAAUUUUUCAAAUGUGGAAAAUUGGUAAUAACUUCUCCCUCUUUUGGGAAAAGUGUAUGUGAGCAAAAUACAGUCUGUUAUUAACAUUAGAGUAAUCUGAUGUAGCCACCUACAGCCUAUCAGCUGUUAGUUCUCGCUGUGUAAAUUAGCAAGUGAAUGACAUAUUUGACGGGAUAGAUGGUAUCACAGCCUCUCGGGUAAAUUCAGAAAACUGAUUAAGGCAGUCCAGCCAAAUGAUAUAUUACUCCUUUAGAGAUGACAUUUUUCAGGGUAGUUGUGCAAGAACUUCCAGAGCAGCGGGAGGCAGGAGAGCCUGAUAACAAAGCGGGUUGAUGACAAGACCUGUAUCCAAUGCCUUUCCUCCUCCAGGGGAGGGGCUGGUUAUAGGGCUCCCUGACCUGCACUAUCUAGUGCGUCAUUGAUGGCAUGGACACAUCAAGAAAGCCACAACUCUGCCUUUGCUUCUGGCCUUCAUGACUUGCCACUUGCUGCGAGUUCUCCACAACCUGUCAGAUCCUAGCCCUGACCACAUGUAACUUCUCCCUGGAUUGAUGCUCAACUCUGAGGCUCCAGCAGAUAUUAUACUAGCAGCAGCCAUGGGCUACUCCAUGGCAAUAGUGCUAGAGUUGCCAGCCUCUGACUUGCCAGUGAAACAUCGUAUCCCAAGGUCCUCAGUUGGGUUGAAGGUCCUCUGCCACCUUCUUAAGGAUCUGAUGGGCAUUUGAGAGGCUACCCUGUAGAGAAUGAACAUGUCUGUGUUGCUGCUUUUUCAGGCAGCACACCAGAUGCUCAUUACCCUCUCAAGAUUUAUCCUGGUAAAUGGUUUUGGUAUUUACUAUACAUGAGUAUCUACCACUCUUCCAAAUAAAGAUUUGGCAACAACAAAAAGCAGAUCGAAACAUAGAAACUAGCUGCAGGAGUAGGCCAUUCGGAUCUUCGAGCCUGCAGCGCCAUUCAAUAUGAUCAUGGCUCAUCGUGCAAUCUGAGUAUCCAACUUCCGCUUUUUCUCCAUAACCCCUGAUCUUUCGGCCACAAUGGCCACAUGCAGCUCCCUAUUGAAUAUAUCUAACGAACUGGCCCCAACAGCUUUCUGGGUAGGGAAUUCCACAGGCUCUAAACUCUGAGUGUAGAACUUCUUCCUUCUCUCAGUCCUGAAUAGCUUAUCCCUUAUUCCUAGACAGUGACCCCUAGUUCUGGCCUUCCCCAACAUCAGGAACAUUCUUCCUACAUCUAGCCUGUCCAGUCCCAUCUGGAUUUUAUAAGUUUCUGUGAGAUUCCUCCCUCAUUCUUCUAAAUUUCAGUAAGUACAAGCCCAAUCAAUCCAGUCAUUCCUCAAAUGUAAGUCCUGCCAUCCCUGGAAUCAGCCUGGUGAACCUUCGCUGGACUGCCUCAACAGCAUGAAUGUCCCUCCUCAGACUAGGAAACCAAAACUGCACAUAAUACUGAAGGUGUGGCCUCAUCAAGGCACUGUAUAACUGUGGUGAGACAACCCUAUUCCAAUACUCAAAUCCUCUCACUAUGAAGGCCAGCAUGCUAUUGGCUUUUCUCACCAUCUGCCAUGCAAAUCUUCAGCGACUGUUCUGCCAUGACACCCAGGUCUCGUUGUACCUCACCUUUUCUUAAACUACCGCCAUUCAGAUAAUAAUCUGCCUUCCUGUUUUUGCCACUAAAGUGGAUAACCUCACAUUUAUCCAUGUUAUAUUGCAUUUGCCAAGUAUGCCCAUGCAGCCAGCCUGUCCAAGUCACCCUGCAGCCUCUUAGUCUCCUCCUCACAACACACACUGCUACCCAGCUUAUUGCCAUAUGAUGAGGAAGGCCAUUCGGUCCACCUUAAUUUAUUUAUCCCAAAAAUUUCCAAAUAAUUUGAGAAAUUUCACCUCUGGCAUGUCCCCAAAAGUCUAUUCCAUUUGUUGUUCAUUCUUUCUUGUAUGUCAGUCUAACAAGCCAACAGGCCAACAAAAUGCAAAAAUGCUGAAAACUGGAAAUAAGAUGCUUGAGUAAGAGUCCAUGCUGCCUGAAAACAAGCAAUAAAAUUAAAUGUGGGUGGGGCACAAGGUUUUAACAAGUUGUGGAUAUGUCCAUCAUUCCUUCACUUAUUCUCAAGUUAAAGGUUAUGAACCAAUAAAAUCUUGAAAUGCAUGGCAGUGUUGCGGCAGAUUGUUUUCACACCAGAGAUUUUGUCACAUAGUAAUAGUCAUACGUAUAGAAUCUAUUUAUUUAACCACUGAUAUGGGUGUCACUGGCAGGGCCAGUAUUCAUUGCCCGUUCAGAAUUGCCUUGAGAAGGUGUUAACAGCUGCAUGCCAGGUGGUAAAGGCACACCCACCGUGAUGUGAGGAAGGCUGUUCCAAGAUUUUGACCCCACCACAGUAAAGGAUCAACAAUUGAUUCAUAGUCAAAAUACAUAGUGUGUGACUUGAUGAUGGCAUUCCCAAUUGCACGCUGCCCUUAGCUUAUCGAUGGUGAAGGUCAGAGAUUUUGAAUGUUUUGUGAGAGGAUAUUUGGCAAGUUGCUGUUGUGUAGUUUUUAGAUGGUACACGCAGUAGACAGUCCUCAAUGUGGACAGGCUUUGGAAGUACUCGCAUUUUCAUGAUUACUGGUAAUAGUUUUGUGGUCACGAUUACUGACACAAUUCCAGGUAUUUUUCAAACUAUAUUAUUUGCAUUUAAAUUCCACUACCUGCCAAGGUGAGAGUUGUACGUAUGGCCACAUUAGCCUGGUGCUCUAGUUUACUAGUCCAAAAACAUUACCAUUAAUCCACUGUCUUCUCAUAUGGCUGAAGAUAGUUGCAAAUGCUUUCAUCUUUUGCAUUCCUCAUGAACCACACUAUUGUCGUACGUGGGAAUAUUCAUGAAGUCUGUUUCUUCACUCAGUAUUGUAAUUUUGCACCACCACUCAGGAUCAGAUGUGGCAGGACUGCAGACCACUGAUUUGAUCUGUUGGCUAAGGGACCAUUUUGCAAUGUGUAUUAUGUGCUGUUCUCAUUGUUUAGUGUACAUAUGGUCCUGUCCUGUAGCUUGACUAGGUUCAUAUCAGUUAUUUCUGAUACUGCUCCUGACAUGCUGUUUUGAAUCCUAUUGAACUAUGCUAAAUGCUAAUGGUCAGGUGAUGGACAUGCAGGACCAUGAGAUUGCAGAUUGUGAUUUAAUACAGUUCUGCUGCUGUUGAUGAUCCACAGCACUUCAUGGAUGUCCAGUUGAUCUGUUCUGAAUCUAUCCUAUUCCAUAUUGUGGUAAUGCCACAGGACAUGAUAGAGUGUGCCUCCAAUAUGAAGAAGGCACUUUGUGUCCACAAGCAUUAGUCACUCCUUCAAACAAUUUCAUAGGUAGGUGCAGGUGUAACAAGUAGACGGGUAAGGAUAAGUGAACGUUUCCACCAUGAUGGUUUUCUCUCACCAGCUGCCACAGCCUCAGUUUGGUAGCUUGAUUCUUUGGGAUUUACCCACCUUUUUCAGUAGUGGUGCUACAAUGUCACUUGUGGUGAUAGAUAUUUAAGUCCUCUAUCCAGGAUAUAUUCUGCACCUUUAUUAUCCUCAAUAUUUCUUUCAAGUGAUAUUCCGCAUGGAGGAGUAUUGAUUCAUUAGACAACAGAGGGCAGUAGGUUAAUCAGCAGGAAAUUUCCUUGCCCAUACUUUGUCUAGUCCAAUAAGACUUCAUGGGGCCCAAAGUCAAUACUGAGAACUCCCCUGACUCUAUACUGCAGUAGUGGGUUUGUUCUCCUGGUGAAAUAAAACAUAGCCAGGGAUUGUGAUGGAAGUGUCUGGGAUAUCAGCGCAAAUGUGACCUGGUAAGUGUGUCAGAGUGAAGCUGUUGCUGAUCUCGUCUAUGAAAUAACUCCUCGUUUUUUACAAUAGCCUCCAAAGUGUUACUGAGGUAGAUUUUGCUAGGCGUAGUGGGAACCGCCAAUGCUGGAGAAUCUCACUUAAUAAGGUGUAGAGCUGCAUGUUGUGUUCAUCUAGAUUUUGCUAGGUGUGCUUUUGACAUGUCUGAAUCCAGUGGCAAUUGGUGGAUGCUGAGGUUCUCUUUUGAACCAAUUUUGAUAAACUGGCUGGCUUGCUAGGCUAUUUCAGAGGGCAUAUGAGAGCCAAGCACAUUCCCUGGAUAUCUGGUUUAAUGGUCUGUAAUACAGCCACUAUGCCACUGUACCCCAUAUACAUUUUCACAUGAACAUUGCUUUUAAAAGAAAGUAAUUUAUAUAGUUUUAUUGAGAACUAAUUUCUAUUUGCCAUAUUUACAUUUUGCCAUAUUGGUGACAAGUUACUAAUUAAAACAUAUCACCAGGAAGAUUCCAGAAAUGGAUCAGUAUCCAUAUGAGGAAAGGAUUGACUUACAGGGUCUGUUAUCUAUUUUUAUAUUCAUUCACGAGACUUGGGUGUCACUGGUGAGGCCAGCAUUUAUUGCCCAUCCCUAAUAGUCCAGAGGGCAGUUAAGAGUCAACCACAUUACUGUGGUUCUGGAGUCACAUAUAGGUCAGACCAGGUAAGGAUGGAACUUCUUUCCCUCAAGAACAUCAGUGAACCAGAUGGGGAUUUCCCAACAAUCGGCAACCGAUUCACAGCCAUCAUCAGAUGCUUGAUUCCAGAUAUUUAUUGAAUACAAAUUCCCGCAAACAGCUGUGGCAGGAUUCAAGUCCCUAUCCCCAGAAUAUUAGCCAGGUCCCUGGAUUAACACUCCAACAAUAAUACCAUGAGGCCAUUGCCUCCCCUGGUGAACUUUAUCUGUUAAAAAUAAGACCAAAGACUGGCCUCAUAAAAGUCUUUGAAAGGUUUUAAUGGAGUGGGGAGGAUGUUUAGUCUUGUUGGAAAGAGCGUAACUAGAAGCCAUGAGUAUACGACUAUCCUGAAGAAAUCCAAAAGUGAGUUCAGAGAAAAAAAAUCUUAUUCAAACAAUGAUGAGAAUGUGGUACUCACUAGCACAGGGAAUGGUUGAAGCAAAAACAUAUGAAGGAGGAGGAAGUUGAAGAUUAUAAUGAUUUGGAUGACAAAAGAAAGGUGGAAGUUUAAGUGAAUUAAUACCAGAAUCAGAUCCUUAAGUGCUCAUUAAUUGCCCAUUUAAGGCCUCAAUUAGCCUGAAAAUCUGACUGUCAGCCUUACCACCCCAAUGUAAUUCUGAUGGAGGUAAGAAGAUUUAGUACUCUGCUCUCCUGACUAAUUAAGUACCUUGAUCUGCCUCCAAGCACAUUGUGAGAGGGGCCUUAAAAAUCCUACUCAUGUUGUGCAGCAACAUCUAAUAUCCUGGAUGGGGUGCGCCUGGAGAUGCCUUGCAAACAGUGACUGACCAUGUGAAAUUUCCUGACAUCAGUCCUGAAUUUAUCUUUAUCCCAGCAACAGGGUUCCUUCUGAAGAGCAAUCAUGUUUUGCACAGACUCCUAUUACUUGAACAUUUCUUGUCUUCAGUUGACAGUUUGAGCAAAAAUUGUCUGGAUCGUACUGGUUAUUGUGACUUGAACUUUUUAUUCAACAUAUGUUUAAAUGAUGUAUUUAAUUUGGGACUAGUUACAAUUCUGAAUCAAAAGUUUUGUUAUUUUAAAUGUUUAUAUUACCUUAC